UCUUAUAGACAAAUAACAAGUCUCGUAUUAUUAGUCAGUCAUUGUCUGUAAAAAAUUGUUUCUCAAAAUAAUUUCCGUAAAGCAACAUUUACGUAUUAUAGUCAAGUAUACAACGAUAUUGUAUGGAUAGUAGAAUUUGUAGGAUAGACAGGUAGUAAUUGAAAGAACCGUGAGACUAAUAAAACUAUAAAAAGGGAGAAGUAUAUUCUUAUACUUCUAUACCUUAUUCUUACGACUGAUCACCUUCUUAUCUCUUGCAAUUUUUAGCACGAAUUGCGAUUGUUAAUAAAUGCAGGUGUAGUUGGUUUUAAAUGCUUCUUGUGCCCGAGUGGAAUCGAUGAAUUUCCACAGGUCUCUGUGGACGAUGUGACAAGAACUUUCUUGGAAUUAUGGACUACAAAGACUGUACUAGCGGUAUCUAUUACAUUACACAAUUUACAUCUUUGUUAGAUCUAUUUGCGAUGACUAAUCAUAAAUGUGCUUGCACUUUCACGUAGAAUGUGAGGAACAUGAAAAAACGAAUCCGUUAACUGAUCCAGGAUUAUACAAUACUUUCUUACAUACUCGACCUGAUCUGAUGGAACUUAAGGCCGUAAAAUUAAUUUGUGAUUGGUGCAUAAAAUAUAACGUUCGAUGCCACAUAGUACAUUUGUCAAGCGCGAAAUGUUUGGCAUUAAUAAAUGAUGCCAAAACUCGUGGUGUACCUUUAACCGUUGAAACAUGCUAUCACUAUCUAAUAUUGGCCGCGGAAGAGAUACCAGAAGGCUCUACUGAAUUCAAAUGUUGUCCGCCAAUCAAGGGAAAAAAUAAUCGAGUAAUUAGACAAAUUUUUUUUCCUAUAACAGUUAAUCCUGUCUAAUGAUUUCAAUCAUAAUCAUUGUAUGUCUGUUUUUAACAAAAUCAGAUAUUCUAAACUAAAAAAAAUUUUUAGUUUUAGAAUAUCUAUUUAAAAGGAUUCGCCCCACACUUGACUGGGAGAGACGGGGAGAGACCGGGAGAGACGGGGAGAGACGGGGAGAGACGGGGAGAAACCCGGAGAGACGG